GGUCGAGCCUUCCCGUGCGAGAGACGCUGGAACGAGGCCGACGUGACGUGUGGCGGCGUCAGACGCAGGGGGCGGGGCCGAGGCCGGGGCCGGGGCCGCCCCGCUUCGUUCGAAGUGGCCCCUGCGGUGACGGGUCUGGCGGGAGCUGCUGAGGAGCGCGCGGGACGGGUGAUGGAGCCCGGGCGCGGGGCGGGGGCUCUGCCGGGCACGGAGGAGGCAGCUGGUGCCGCUCAGGGGAAGGGCAGGGUUAAUUUCCCAUUUCCUUACACCCCUUACUCCAUCCAAGAGGAUUUCAUGGCCAAACUGUAUGAUGUUCUGGAGGCUGGCAAAGUCGGGAUCUUUGAGAGUCCCACAGGGACGGGAAAAUCCUUGAGUCUUAUCUGUGGAGCGCUCUCUUGGCUCAGAGAUUUUGAAGAAAAAAAGAAGCAGGAGGAGGCCCGCCUCCUUGCAGAUGAACAUAAUGGACAAGACAAGCAACAGCAGCCGACGUCAUGCUGUGUGGAGGCCUCAAACUGCCAGGGCUCAGUAGGGGAGCUAGAUUGGAUCACUGAGUUUCUGCAGAAAAAAGAAGAGAAGGCCAUGGUGGACAGACUAAAGGAAGAGCACAUCAGGAGGAAGAAGCGAGAGGCUCGCCUUGAGAAAAUUCGCCAUAAUGUGCAAUUCAAAUAUGCAUCAAAAAGAAAGAGGCUUGAAGAUGAGGAGACUCAGCGGCUGCUCCAGCUCAGUACAGAGAUCUUGUCGACAGAGUUAGGGUCAGAUGUUUUAGAGCAGCUGGAUCAUGAGGAGGAGGAGCUGAUCCUUGCCGAGUAUGAGAGUGAUGAGGAGAAGAAAGUGGGAUCGCGGUUGGAUGAAGAUGAUGAUGAUGAUGAUGAUUUGGAGGAGGAGCAUGUGACCAAGAACCUCUGUGUGAACGAGGAGGUGCGUCAUCUGGGGGCUGUCCAGCUGAUCAAUGACCGCUGUAUGGAAAUGCAGAAGAACAAACAUGGGAAGAAGAGUGAGGGAGAGGAAUCAGAGGGAAAGAAAAGGCGUGUGAGCCGGGCCGUGUGUCCAUUUUACUCCUAUGAGCAAAUGCAGUUUCUCCGGGACGAGGUUCUAGUCAAGGUGAAAGAUAUUGAGCAGCUCGUGGCCUUGAGCAAGGAGAUUAAAGCCUGUCCGUAUUAUGGGAGUCGCUAUGCCAUUCCUGCCGCCCAGCUGGUGGUGUUGCCCUAUCAGAUGCUCCUGCAUGAAUCUACCAGAUGUGCUUCUGGGAUCAAACUGAAGGAUCAGGUGGUGAUUAUUGAUGAGGCCCACAAUUUGAUAGACACUAUAACCUGCAUCUACAGCGCUGAAGUCCGUGGCUCUCAGCUGUGCUGUGCCCACUCCCAGCUGCUGCAGUACAUGGAACGAUACAGGAAACGUCUGAAGGCAAAAAACCUGAUGUACAUUAAACAGAUUCUGUAUUUGCUGGAGAGGUUGGUGUCCGUACUAGGAGGAAACGUGAAUCAAAAUCCAAAUGCUCAGAGCAUUUCUCAAGCAGGGACAGAACUAAAAUCUAUCAAUGACUUCCUGUUUCAGAGUCAGAUUGACAAUAUCAACCUCUUCAAGAUUCAGCGUUACUGUGAGAAAAGUCUGAUCAGCAGGAAGCUUUUUGGGUUUGUGGAGAGAUAUGGAGCCACCAGUGUUGUAAAAACUAACAAGGAAAAGCAGAAGAUGGCUGGACUGCAGAACUUCCUUCUCACCCUGCAUCAGGGCCCUGACAAAGAAGCUGCUAUACAGUGCCCUCCUGUGGAGGCUGAGGAUGGCCAGCCCAAGAUGGCCUCUCCUCUGAUGCAGAUUGAAGGAUUUCUCUCUGCUCUCACCAAUGCAAACCAAGAUGGGCGAGUCAUUCUCAACUGGCAAGGCACUGUAGCUCAGAGCAGCCUCAAAUUCCUCUUGCUGAAUCCAGCUGUCCAUUUUGCCAAGGUGCUGAAGGAAUGUCGUGCUGCAAUCAUCGCAGGGGGCACCAUGCAGCCGGUGUCUGAUUUCCGAGAGCAGUUGCUGUCGUGUGCCGUUGAUGUUGGCAGGGUGGUGGAGUUCUCCUGUGGUCAUGUGAUUCCUCCAGACAACAUUUUACCCAUAAUCCUCUGCAGUGGUCCAUCUAACCAGCAGCUAGAGUUCACCUAUCAGAAGAGAGACCUGCCUCAGAUGAUGGAUGAGAUGGGCCGAAUCCUUGGUAACCUGUGCAAUGUGGUCCCUGGGGGUGUAGUGUGCUUCUUUCCUUCCUAUGAGUACGAGAAGCAGGUGUACAUGCACUGGGAGAGGAUUGGGCUGCUCACCCGCUUGGCGACUAAGAAGAAGAUAUUUCAGGAGCCCAAGAGAGCAAACCAGGUGGAGCAGGUGCUGUCAGAGUAUGCUAAGUGCAUAAAGCGAUGCAGCCAGGUGGGAGGCCAUGUGACAGGAGCCCUGCUCUUUUCUGUGGUUGGAGGGAAAAUGAGUGAAGGAAUCAAUUUCUCUGAUGACCUGGGAAGGUGUGUCGUUAUGGUGGGUAUGCCUUACCCCAACAUCAAGUCCCCAGAACUCCAGGAGAAAAUGGCCUAUCUUGACAAAACAAUGCCAAGAAGUGCGGGCCAGCCACCUAGCAAAAUGCUGAUUGAAAAUCUAUGCAUGAAGGCAGUAAACCAGUCAAUAGGGCGAGCGAUUCGCCAUCAGAAGGACUUUGCUAGCAUCCUGCUCGUAGAUCACAGGUAUGCACGCCCCUCAGUCUUCAACAAAUUACCCCAGUGGAUCAAGGAAAGAACAGAGAUCAAACCUGCCUUUGGACCAGCAUUUGCAGCAUUAAGGAAGUUUCACCAAGAGAAGAAGUCAUGUUAUGGGUCAGAAGCUUCCUGAGGGAGAAGGAAGAGCAUUGUGCUGAUGAUGGGUACAGAGCCACCUGCAAUUGCUGUCCCUGCAGAGAAGUUUUUUUUCCCCCAAGACUUUGCAGUUGAAAAUUAUUGACCCAAGCUAUUCUUGCCCAUGUCGCUUCUGGGUAGUGACUGAUUAUACUGCAUUUGAGCUGGGCUGGACAGUACCCUAGCUCAGACUGUGUGAGGGGAGGGGAAAUAAGAGCACCUGCAGCUAAUGGAUCUGACUCCCACUAGGACUAGCCUCUCUUCUGCACUGAGGGUAUUGUGUCUGGGUUUUGUUACUCCUCCCCCUUUGUUGUUUUCCUCCCUGAGAUAUUAGUACUUGUCCUCUUGGUGCAGUGCUCAGGGUAAAGUAUUAAAAAUCAGGCUAAUGUUCCCUGGCUGCUGAUUUUUCUUUCCAGUAAGGGGUGGGGGACUGCUACCUGCUCUCAUGGAGGCCCCCAGAAGCUCAACAACAAAAAGCUAGAACCUAGAUUUAUAUCCCUUCCACCCCCUUAGCUAAUGUUCCUAGCCUGUGGGCCAGUAGCCACAUCCCUGCUUCAUAGAUCAGUUCAUUCAGUAAGGGCAAAUGCCUUGGGCCACCUCAACUUACAUCUCUGACCACUGGCACUGUGUUAAUAAUCUGUGCUUUACCAGAGCCCUCACUAGAUAAUGGCUGGGGGCAGUAUUGCUAGCUGGUGGUAUGGUCCUGACUUGCUUGCCCCUUGAAAGAAUAUUUAGGGAGUUUACAGGAAAUGUGUGAGGUUUUUUUCUGCUAUGGCAUAAAGUGCUGUAUCUGUAGCAUGCCCCAGGGGGCUUCAGUUGCUGGGGGCUGAAUCCAUGACACCUGGGUGGCUUGCAUUUGUAUUUACUGACCCAAGGCCUUUAUUUUCUCAUUGAUGUUGUGUAAGCAUUCUCCAGCUGAGGCUAUAGCCGUUCACCUUUCUGCUAAUGUGGACCAGGAAUGUCACACUGCUGCA